AUGUCUGCCCCAAGACGCAGCACACGUGCUGCAAGCAGGGCUGCUAGCAGCCGCGGGACCUCGCCAGCUAUUUCUGAGCAGGAUAUCCCCGCUACUCCAUCAGCUCGCCGUACUACCCGCAGAUCUGCUGCAUCUCCCCUUCCAGCCGUAGGGCUCAGAACGAGCACUGCAUACGGCACUAAUAGCACGGCCCAGCCUUCUUCUAUGAGAGGGCCUGAUUCGCAAGACCCCAUCACCAAUGUCUUGACUGGUCUUCUCGACCCUGUCCGCGAGGAAGAUGACGAAGAAGAAUCUAGUCCUCUUCGUAACAGAACCGGAGGCCCUCGUCGUGGGAAGGGCAGUCGCCGAGGAGGUUCUGCUACAUCAGCAACACCAGCUACAGAUCGGAGCUUUGCCCACGAAAGCGGCAUUUUCGGUGAAGCUGGCAUUGAUUCAUCAUCCUACGUGGAAGAAAGUGGGCUAGAAACGAUCCAAGAGAAUCCGGCUGCAAAGGAGUCAGUCGUUGAAAACACCGCAAACGGAUCAGUCGUUCAGAAUGCUGCUCUGGAAAACCAAACCCCCAUUGUCACUGAAAUCGCAAGAAACACUCGAGUCGAAGGGGCCCAUGAACAGGCCGCAACAGCACCUGGAUUGAUCUCUCGUUUCAUCUCGCAAGCUGGCGAACUUGUUUCGGCAGUUCUUGCCUAUGUCAUGUCGUCCUUGUUAUGGCUCCGAAGCCUGCUCAAACGUACAAGAGGCAUUUCCGUCAUGACCAUCUUCGCCAUCGCAGUUAUCUUCAUCACCCUCAAGUCUCAAAUAAACACAGAGAGCAUCCGUUGGUAUGGGCCUCUCGACGUAACCCAUAAUAUUGGGCAGUUUAUUCCCUAUGCCGUCGCACAUCCGUUAAGUGCCUUUAGAGAUGGUGGGGUCCAAGACCUUCACCGCCGCGUGACUGCUUUAGAGUACGACAUUGCUCAUCUGAAGACACGUACCGAUCUUGAUGCAGAAGCAGUCUCUCGCCUGGAGGAGGUGCUUCCUGACUUCAUCGUCUGCAAGCAAGAUGAGCAGGGUAAUAUGCAAAUCCCAGACAACUUCUGGCAUGCAUUGCAAGACAAAAUCCGCUCAGACAAAUCCCUAUUUGAAACCCAAAUUUCCGAGACAGCAACGAAGGCUCGAUCUAGCACCGGUCUCUCAAAGAAAGAGGUCAUCAGUAUCGCUCAGAAGCAGGCUGAGAAUGUCUUCGAUAAAUCCAGUACCAAGAAUUGGGAAAAAUUUCUCAAUUCCAAUCGCGCUAAGAUUAUAUCAUGGUCUGGCGAGGAAUUUGACAAGCAGAUGGAUUCUAUGAGAAAGGACGUUAUCACUUCCAAGUCUGAUUUCAUGAGAUUAAUCGAAAAGAAUUGGAUGGAUACCAAAGAGGAGAUCCAAACCCAGCUCGAUCCCCAAAGAAAAAUGUUAGACCUCACUCUCCGCCGCCUCACGAAGCUUGAAGAGAAUGCAGUUGGUGUCACCAGAGAUGAAGCCAGAGCAAUCGCACUUGAAGUCUCUAAGAAGUUGAUUUCCACUGCCCAGCUUGAUUCCCUUGCCAGGGCAAACCUACAGAGCAGCGCAAGCGGAAGCCUUCUCCGUGUCAAUCACUUCUCUCCGGGAACUGGGGCCGUCGUCAAUCCAUCAUUGACUUCACCAAACUACGUCUUCCCUAGCAUGCAGCGAAAUACUCUAUUCAAAAUCGCAUCGUGGAUAGCUUACCGCCCAGUUCCAGUUCCAAAUCCUCCUGAGGCAGCCCUCUCAAGAUGGGAGGAGCAUGGUGAUUGCUGGUGUUCGCCAGUCAGGGACUCUGACGGCUCUGCACCCAGACUUGCAGUCAUAACCAGUAAUAACAUAUAUCCUGAUCAAGUUGUCGUCGAGCAUAUUCCCACCACUGCUGCCCUCGAACCAGGAGCGGCACCAAGAGAGAUGGAAUUGCUUGCAUUCAUCGACGAUGUGUCAACUUAUAGGGCAAUCAAAGCCCGUUCUGACGAAAUCUUCGUGGAUGAAGCUCAAGAAGAAGAACAGCCUCCGCCCGGGUUUGUGCGAGUCGGCACUUGGACCUAUGACAUUGAAACUAUGCAAAAUAUCCAGAGCUUUCCUGUUCAAGUCGACUUGAAGAUGUUCGCGGGUCGUUCCUACACUAGGCACUUGAUCGUCCGAAUGAAGAACAAUUGGGGAGCAGAGAAAACCGAUUAUACAUGCUUGUAUCGGGUCCGCGUGAAUGGAGAGAUCGCGCAGCCAGAGGAAUAUUGA